AAAGUUCCUCCUUCAACGCGUAUAGUUAUAUAUAUACAUACCGCUACUGUUUUGAUGUUUUGGGGGUGUUUGAUUGAACACGGAGGAGAGGUUUGGUUUGGUUGAUCUGCCUGUGAACUCGUAAAAAUUCAUCCGAUUUCGCUGCCAGAAAUCGUUAUCUAUUACAAUCAGAGGAGUUUUCGAGCGAUUAGUACCACAAUGAUUUGCUUUUCUUGUUGGUUAGGAGUUUCUUUUUAACUUCUUGGCGGCGGUUAAAUUAAAUUUGGUAAAAAGGGGGCAAGAAAGAGUUGCAACUGGUGUAACUUGGAGUCACAGGAUUUGAAAGCUUCGGUUUCUCAAAUUAAAAAGAAAAAGGAAAAGAAAAAUAAUUUGAAAGCCUUAGUUGGAUUGGCAAGUUCCAAGCCAAGUUGGACUUUGGGAGCAUCGCUCCCACUUUUUGACCUGGUGCGGGUGCGGCACGCACGCAAGUCAUGCCAGCCGUAAGCAACCUGUCCACCUUUUGGACCCUUCCUUUCCUUGCACCGCGUCUACUACUCCUUCCAGUCUAGUCUAGUCUAGCCACUACUCCUCCACUAGCCUUAAGCAAAACCCGCAAGGAAUCACGCGCUGCUACCUUCGAUUUGGUUAUAUAAUACGGAUAGGACCUAUGAAGGAUUCGUGCUCUAUAUUUGUUUCAAAAUUGCUGGUUUAUUGUGUCGAUCUGUGUAUAAAAUAAUCCGACAGAGCAAGGGAGUGCAGCAUGUCUGAAUUCAUCAUCUACUGAUACUGGCAAGGGGCGGAGUAAGCAAUCAAGCACCAAGGUGACACACGGAUUCCACCUGGUUGAAGGGAAAUCUGGCCAUGACAUGGAGGACUACCAUGUAGCAGAGUACAAGUGCGAUAAGAACCAUGAGCUUGGCCUCUUUGCCAUUUUCGACGGCCAUCUGGGGGACCGUGUGCCCAGUUACUUGAGAGCUAACCUUUUCUCCAACAUACUCAAAGAGCCUCUCUUCUGGACUGACCCUCAGGAAGCGAUUAAAAAUGCAUAUGGCUCUACAAACAAAUAUAUUCUGGAAAAUGCCAAGCAACUUGGGCCAGGCGGUUCAACAGCAGUUACUGCUAUUGUAGUUGAUGGCAAGGAUAUGUGGAUAGCAAACGUAGGCGACUCGAGGGCCGUUUUAUGUGAACGGGGUGCUGCUAAUCAGAUCACCGUGGACCAUGAACCCCAUAUAUCCAAUGAAAGGCAGAGGAUUGAACAGCAGGGUGGCUUUGUCACAACAUUUCCUGGCGAUGUCCCUCGCGUAAAUGGCCAACUCGCUGUCGCAAGGGCGUUCGGUGACCAUAGCCUCAAGACGCACUUGAGUUCGGAACCUGACAUUAGGCAUGUACCCAUAAACUCAAGUAUAGAGUUCGUCAUACUUGCCAGCGAUGGAUUAUGGAAGGUGAUGAAGAACCAGGAAGCUGUGGACCUCGUGAAGUCGACAAAGGACCCCCAGGCAGCAGCAAAGCGGCUGACGACCGAGGCGCUCGCGAGGAAGAGCAAGGACGACAUCUCCUGCAUCGUCAUCCGCUUCCGCUGCUGAAUCGACCUCAUUCUCCGAUCAUUUCAAUUUCUCGAUCCAUGACUGAGAUGGCGUCGUGAUCUGAUUCUCUGCUCCGAUUGAAAUUAUGUAGUGGCUGUUAUUGUUUGUACCUAUAGUAGCUGUGAACAGGCUUGAGGUUAGAACAUUUCAUGGGGCUAGUAGUGAGUAGUGGCUAGUGUGUGCAGGGUGUGUCAUUCAUCUGUGCAUAUGUUACACCGCCAUAAGUUCCCCGCCAAUCUGUGGAACAUCUCGUUUGUGUACUUGGUUGAUUGUGAUGGUAAAUUGGUAAUGGACCAAUCAUGUUAAGGUGGCGCUUUGAACUUA